AUGCAUGUCCGGCAUGACCCAGGCCAGGGAGUGGACCUAUGUGGGAAGCUGAAGCUGAUUGGUGGUGUACUGAGUUUUCAACUUGCCAGCAAGGUUAGCACCAGCACCGUGGCAGGCAGCUGUUGUCCUGGAAAUGUCACGGCCAUGCCAGCUGUGUCCACCAUCUCCAUAUGCCCAAAUGGUAGCAGCUUCCAAAAUGCUAUUUUGCCCAGUUCCUGCCAGAGAAGAACAUGGCAACUGGUCACUUGUCAAGAAAACUGCCAGCUGACCAGCAGUUUCCCAAGUGGCUGUGAGCCUGCUUCUUGCCUAUCUACCUGUCGUCCAGCAAGUUCUUUUGUGGGUUUUGUCUGCAAACCCAUUUGCUCCCUCACAGCUUGCUAUGAAUCUGGCACUGAUCAGUCUUCUUGUCUGGUUGGCUCAUGCCAGCCAUCCUGCUCAGAGUCCAUCAGUUGUCAGGCAAAGGGCUGUGAUGCCAGCCCCUGCCGGGCAAGCUCCUGCCAGGAAGCUGUCUGUGUAUCCAGAUCAUGCCAGGAAGCUUGUGGAACAUCAGCCUGCAGUGACACUAGAUCCUGCCAACCAUCCUGUUCCGAGGUAACUUCCUGUCCUGAAACUUCUUGCCAACCAACCAUCUGUGUGUCUAGCCCAUGCCAACCAAUUUGCUGUUCAGCAGGUUCAUGUCCACCCAUUAAUUGUGAAGGCCAGCCCUGCCAAUCAACUUAUUACCAACCCAUCUGCUACAUUUUCAAGCCUUGCCAAUCAGUUCCUUGCAUGCCUGUUGCCUGCCAGCCAUCAACUUUUGCGUUUAAUUCUUGCAAUUCUACUUACUAUGUGCCCUCUCCUUGCCAGCCACCUCACUGCCAACCAGCCUCUUCCAUAUCCUUCAUCUGCCAGCCAGUGGCUUUCUGCCAGCCCCCUUGUUCUGUAAAGAACUCUUGCAAAUCAGCUUCCUGUGGCACAGUGCUUUCUAGCCAACCAACUUGUGGUGAGUCCACUUCCUCCAACCCAAGUGGCUGCAAAUCACCAUCCUGCCAACCAGCUUGCUGUGUGACAGGCUUAGACAAAUCAUCCAGUGGUGGCUCUAAGUGCUUCCAACCAACUUCCUCAAGUUUCUGCAAAGAAAGCAACAAUUUACCUACUUCCUGCCAGCCUGGCCACGAAUCCAGCUUCUGUAAGACAACACUUCGUUGA